UUCAGUCCCGAUUCUCCAGAUUUUUACUGCCCCGCUCCCCCUCUCCCCCCUCCCGGUCUGCCCAAAUCGCCUAGGGUUUCGCCCCCUCGAUCCCCGCGCGCCACCGCGGCUCCGGCCGACUCCUCCCCGCCGCCGCACCGCGUGCCGAUUGCAUUCCCCUCCCCGCGGUGCGGCCGCCACCGCGAGGGAGCGAGCGCGGGGAUCGGCCGCUCCCUCCCUCCCUCCCCGCCGGCUCCAACUCGAUCUCUUACCCGGACCGGACCGCCGGGGGCGCAGCGUCGGCAGUAGGAUGAUCACACUGUUUGCACAGAGCUGAAUCUUUGUGACCAUUAGAGUGCUAUUUUGGAACAAGAAAACUUCUAAGUGAAGCUGCACAGAGAGAACCUUUAGAGUUGUCUGCUGUUAUUGCUUCCAUGGCAACAAAUGAGAACCUCCCACCAAAUGUCAUCAGGCAAUUGGCUAAAGAACUGAAGAAUCUUGAUGAAUCACCUCCGGAAGGGAUUAAAGUUAUUGUUAAUGAUGAUGACUUCAGCACCAUUUUUGCUGAUAUUGAGGGCCCUGCUGGAACUCCAUAUGAGAAUGGAGUAUUCCGGAUGAAGCUAUUGUUGUCUCGUGACUUCCCUCACUCUCCCCCAAAAGGGUUCUUCUCGACAAAAAUAUUCCAUCCAAACAUAGCAACUAGUGGCGAGAUAUGUGUGAACACGCUGAAAAAGGAUUGGAACCCUAGUCUUGGGUUGAGACAUGUUCUGCUGGUAGUGAGAUGCCUUCUGAUCGAACCAUUCCCCGAAUCUGCCCUUAAUGAACAAGCUGGAAAGAUGUUGCUUGAAAACUACGAGGAGUAUGCACGCCUUGCAAGGCUAUACACCGGCAUUCAUGCACAUAAACAUAAGAACAAGUCCAAGAGCGGAGCCAUUUGCGAGUCAACCACAACUCUAAACGUUGGCCAGAGCAACAACACCGUUCCGAGCAAGAACAUACCAUCGGCGCCAGCACUAGUAUCCACCUCCACCUCGACCAAAGUUCUCGGCAUACAGGAUCAGAACGCAGCUCCUUCUGAUCCUGCUGUAGGGCCAUCAACGGCAAACAAGAAGGACGGGCCGCUUGCCACCAAAAUCCCAGCCGAGAAGAGGAAGAUGGAUGCCAGGAAGAAGAGCCUGAAGAGGCUGUAACAGCGCACCCCGCCGGGAUAGCGUCGAAGUGUGGCUGUUGUAGUAGUUAGGAGAUUCAAUCCCCUACCCUUGAUAAGCGACGCCAGAUUCAGCAGGUGCACAGUGGAACCGAAUGAAUAAAUAAACCCAAGGGACAUCUGAUGAAUCUGGUGGUUGAUUGGUAGAAGUAUGCCUGUAGUCAGAACUGUAGUGAUGUGAGAUGAGAUGCAUGUGAGUUGCACCCCUGUUGGAAUAAACUCUAGUGAUGUGCAAUGACGAACUAUUUGGAAGAACAAA